AUGGUACCCGUGGUGGAGGAAUAUUCAAUUUUGUGGCGUUGUCCUAUGACUCAAGUUGAUAAAGUUUACUCAAGGGCUAACUAUAUUCCAACUUUUGUGAGGAAGUUGAUGAAUGUCAUAGGGAGAGGGAGUGAGCUAAAAUGGAAAGAGCAGGAGGGAAAAGGGGCAGUCUUGGAAUUCUUGCCUCUUCUGCCACUAGUGCGUCUUAAUGUUGUUUCCAAUCAAAGCAGAAUUGGAUAUGAAGAAGAUUGUUCGACACUCUAUGGCAAGGCGUGCUGCAAGGAAAAAGGGUCUCAUGACCGAGUAGUUGGGGAUGAUGCUUUAUCUCAAGCAAUGCUACGAGUUCUUGAAAGGGUUGCUGGAGCAAGUACUGGAUCUGUAGGCUGGGGGGGUGCUUCAGGUGUAGCCCCGAAUGUGGCAGAAUAUUUGUUAGAGACUACCACUGACUGUUUGACAUGGGAUUUCUUCAAAGCAGCCUUUUCAGGGAAGUAUGUGGGCGUAAGUUAUGUAGAUGCCCGAAGGAAGGAAUUUCUGAAUUUGAUUCAGGGGAAUAAAACCGUGGCAGAGUACGAGGCAGAGUUUCUGCGGUUGAGUCGGUUUGCAUGCAGGAUAGUCGCAACUAAAUAUGAACGCUAUGUGCGGUUUGAGGAAGGCCUCCGAGACGAGUUACGCGUGCUGAUAGUCCCAAAGAGGGAGCGGGACUUUGCUGCCCUUGUGGAAAAAGCAAAAAUUAUUGACGAUGUGAAGCGUUCUGAGCGCCAGAACCGCGAGAAAGAUAAGUGCAAGAAUAAAAGGGAUUUUCAACCCUCGAGUUCUUCUGGAAGGCCUGUAAAGAGGGCCAGGUUUGAUGGGCCAAUUCUAGCGAUUCCUGGUAUUGUUGUAAGACCGCAGCCUUGCGCCAAUUAUGGGAGAACUCACCAGGGCGAGUGUUGGAAACGGACUGGGGCAUACUUUAGAUGUGGUCUAUGGAUCCUCGGGUUAAGAACUGCCAGAGGUGGAAACGGGUUUGGUCGAGGUCAUGAAGCACCAGACAGAGGUGCUGGAAACACUAAGGUGAGACAGCCAGCCUUGGUCUAUGUUGCUCGUCGCUUAGAGGAUGGGGAUGCCUCUAACGUCAUAACUGGUACGUUUCUUAUUUAUAAUUUGCCAUACACUACUUUAAUUGAUACUGGGUUUACAUACUCGUAUGUUGCAUGCACUAUUUUCGAGAUGUUGGGUAUUCAGUCUAAAAAUAUAGUUAGUGAAAUGACUGUGUUGAGUCCACUGGGACAACCGAUUGGAGUGAGUAAGUUGUUCAGAGAUGUGCCCUUAGAAGUCCAAGGGGUGGUCUUUUCAACAGAUUUGAUGGAACUGUCGUUUGAGGAAUUUGAUAUUAUAUUGGGCAUGGAUUGGCUAGUGAAACAGCGUGCGAAAUUGGAUUGUGCUGCUAAGCGUAUGGUGUUGAAGUCUAAGGAGGAUGAAGAGGUGACGGUGAUAGGGGAGCGAAGAGAUUAUUUGUCUAAUGUGAUUUCUAUGUUAAGGGCCGAGAAGCUGGUUCGUAAAGGUUACGAGGUGUUCCUAGCAUAUGUUAGUAUUUCCGAUUCUAAAGGUCCUUCUCUGGGAGAUGUCAGAAUUGUCAAAGAGUUUUUGGAUGUAUUUCUUAAAGAGCUUCUAGGGUUGCCUCCAGAUCGUGAGGUUGAAUUCAGUAUUGAAUUCCUUCCUAGAACAGCUCCGGAGUCCAUUGGCCCUUAUAGGAUGGCACCGAAAGAGCUGGUGGAGCUAAAGGCUCAAAUCUAA